AUGAGGAUCAGGAAAGGAGAGCAAGAAGAAGAUGAUCUACAAUUAAUUGACGGUGCAAUAGACUGCGAACUAACCACACCUUCCCGUCCAUCCACUAACCGCAUUAAUGGCGAUUGUGGUGCAGUUGACAUCACUUUGGCCCGCGUUCCCGGUGCAGUGGAGGCCACUAUAGAUGUUAUUAUAUCAAAAGUGCAGAGCGGAUUCAGUUUAUCUCUGAGCUCGUUUGUGUUUGCCGGUGGGUCACAUCAGGGAAUCGAACUCUUUUGUGGUAUUAUCGGUGAGUCAUGUGGCUUAACAAGAAGAUAUGUGAUUGCUGUACAGAUGGGUAGUUGGAUGCAUUUGAAGUUCAAUGUAGGUCAGAAAGGCUCUGAAUAUGAUGAUCUGGAACGCUAUUGCGGCUUCAAAGCAGACAUCCAUGGGUGUGACUGUCAACAAAUAAUACAUGAGCAUGCAUCUAUCUCGCUGAAGGUGACUUGGUCGAUUGUGCGAUAA